CCCAGCCGUUCUUAGCGUGUCCAUACCCCAAGUCCGUCCAAAUAAGACAACAAUCAAUGCACUUUGCACACACGCGCCGCACUGUACAUACAAGGACACACGCACCGGGGAAAACACGAUAGAUCCUUGUCACUCACCCACUGUCUGUCUGUCUGCCCUAGCUGCCGGCCCUUCCCUCCCCAUCCAUCAACAGCAUGCACUUGUGCAGCGCAUAUUGCAGCAGGUGGGCCACCACAGGAAUGCUGAUCGAGUUGCCGAUGAGCCCGUACUGCUGACGGGUGGUCACACAUGCGGGGAAGGCAAAUUUCUCGGGGAAGCCGUGCACCCGCAGCAUCUCGCGCGGACUGAAGUAGCGAUAGCGCACACACUCAGCCGCUUCGUCGUCACACGACACACAGACACACCUAAACCUGAAGACAAAGAGAGAAGGAAUGGCGCCAACCAUUGCCUGUGUGCAGGAUGUAGAUCAGAUCAACCUACCUCCUUGUGUCGAGCACGUGUGUGUCGAUGACAUGCCGGUAGGUCUCCAUGCUGACCAGGGUUCCGUCGAUGCGGCAGUCCUCUGGUGAGUCGACGGAAGGGCCGUUGACCUGGAUGGUUUGUUGGGCGGGGGGGUAGGAGGGGAGGGGUCGGCCCUGCCGGUCGCAGAGGAGAAUGGGCCCUGCACGGCCCUCGUUUCUGCCAUAACUGACGGAUGGAAGGGAAGGUCAGAUGCUCUGUGUGUGUGGAUGGCAGGCAUGUGUGCAUGCCUGCCUACCCUUUUGUGAAUGGCAGGCAUGUGUGCAUGCCCUGCCUACCCUUUUGUGAAUGUUGUGGUUGCCCGCGUGUCCUCGCACGCGACGUCAAACAGAAACCUACACCAACAAACACACCGCACCAGACCGUCAGGCAGGCAGGCAUCACACACAUUCCUUCCUCUGCGUCCGUUCCCAUGCCAUGCACCCACCCCGCUCACGGACGUUUCAUUCUUGGUGAAAACAUUUCUGUCGAUCAAGAGAUCCGCCAGAUGUCGUCCCUUCCUCUCCACGUAAUCGCCAACACGACCCAUGUCCGCCGGUAUCUCCCUCCCAUCGACAGCCGGCAUCUCGAAGGCCAUGCUCUCGACGCCUGGUGAAGCCUCUGGUGUCAGAUCACGGGACCGGAUUGCGAUGCAGUAGUAGCGGACGCGUGUGUUGGGAAUGCCCAGCUGAGAGGGGGUGACGAUGAACUGCUCUAUCGCGUAGUGCUGAUCAGAUCAUGGGCGCAGAUCAGAUGCACAUAUGAUAUGUUUGUGCCUGCGUCUGGGUCAAUGUGUACCUGUGAGUGGAGGGCGUCCAUGAGGCGUUUGUGUGACUGCGACUUCUCGAAGCACCGCACGUUCUCAAGAAACAGCAGCCGGGGGGGAUGAGCCAACUCCCUGUCGACAGACCGUGAAUCACACCACCACACACAACUCAUACAGCUGUUUGUCUGCCUUGAUGGCCUGCUCACUUGAUGAUAUCACACAGAUGCAGCAGUCCAGCCGCGCGAGUGUCCUCCGCGUCCAACUGCUUGCCUCUGAAACAAGGAAAACUCAUCCGUGUGCCGCAUGAGUAAGCAUUGGGUCGGUGGUGCUGACUCACCCCCUUGUGUAGGGCUGGCACGGAGGGCUCAUCAGCCACACGUCAGCACGGCCAUCAAACUCAGAGGCUGACAGCGGCUCUAUCAGACCCUGCACGAGCACGCAUAUGGGAGUCAGGACCCAUCAAAUGAAUGUACACCGUUCCUCACACAAACCUGCUGUGGUUGCAUGCCGAAGUUGUGUAGAUAGACUUGAUUGGCGAUGGUGUUGACGUCAAACGCCUUCACGAGGCGAAACGGGAUGCCCACCUGCAGGACACACACCCAAAGCGCCAUUACGGACGCAAACGCCGUGGGUUUGUGGCGGUGGAUGCACGUGUGUUGGUGCGUCCCGUACCCUCUGUGCGGCAUCUUUGAUGGCCAGAUGCAGCCCGCCGAUGCCCGAGAAGAGCUCGAACACCCUCAGCAAAGAUCCGUCUUCACUCAUCGCCCAUUCGCCGCCUCUCUUCGCG